AUGUCUCUCGUGUCUGGAAGGCAGACUCUUACAUGUGAGAAGACAGGGCCGUGCUCGUGCCGUAUGAGUGACGGGUCGGGGGAGGUCGACUUACGGCCGCUGGUGUCUGCCGACCCGAGCUUCAAGGACCUCCUGGCCACCACGGUACCUGAUGACUACCUGUACUCUUGGAAUCCCUGCCAAUCUUUCACGGAUGGCCAGUGUCAGAAUGUCGCUGUUUGUAGAAAGAAGAAGGACGGUUCCGAGUAUGAGGAUCUUGGAACUCAAGAUAACGUCGAGAUUUCAGCCAGCCAGGAUCCUGAGACUGGGGAGACGUCCAUUGAAUUUGGCUACAGAUCUUUAGAUGGAAAGAGAUCAAGUGUGGUCAUCGCAAAAUGCACAACUGGUCAAACUAACAUCACGGUGGAAGGAGAGAAAGCGGAAAAUUAUUACGUGUUUGAUCUGAGCAGCCCAUGUGCCUGCCCGGGUGCCGGACCGGACUGUGCCGGUGAGAAGCCGGUUACAUGUAACCAGACCGGACCGUGCUCGUGUAGGAUGAGUGACGGGUCAGGGGAGAUCAACUUACAGUUCCUACUAUCGGGGAACCCUACGUUUAGGGAUUACAAUUCAACUAUUUUUCCCGAUGGAUUCUUGUACUCCUGGAACCCAUGCGAACCUUUCUCUGAGGGCUCAUGUAAAGACGUGGCGGCAUGUAAAAGCGCCAGUGACGGCUCGGAGUAUGCUGAUAUCGGGAAGCAGGAUUCGGUGCAGAUCUCAGGCGGCAAAGAUGCCUCAAGCGGGAACGUCGUCAUCUCCUUAGCCUACUUAUCUGCAGACGGAGAUAGAGCAAGUACGGUUGUGGCGACAUGUACCACGGGUGACACUACCACGUUUACAGCAGAAGGACAAACAACUGAGAAUUCUUAUACUUUCCAGCUAGAGAGCCCCUGCGCAUGCCCCAAUACGGAUCCAGAAUGUGCCAGAGGGAAGCCUCCAACCUGUGAGAAGACGGGACCGUGCUCCUGCCGCAUGAGUGACGGGUCAGGGGAGGUCAACCUCAGGCCUCUGUUGGCGGGAAACCAAAUCCCUACCUUUAAGGACGUUCCUGAUUUUUCUGGCGAAUUUCUGUACUCUUGGAACCCGUGUGAACCAUUCAACGAAGGCUCAUGCAAAGGCGUGGCGCUUUGCCAGAAAAAGAAUGGCAGUUCGGAGUACUAUGAUCUCGGCCGUCAUGAUUCGGUAGAAAUCCAGGCCGACCUGGACCCCAUCACCGGAUCGACUACUGUAUCGUUCAAAUAUACCUCUGCGGACGGAGAAAGAUCGAGUUUGAUAAUCACGACGUGUAACUCAGAUGGUGAAACCCAGUUCACAGCGGACGGGGAGGACCUCUUUCCGAAUUCAUACUUGUUUUAUCUAAACAGCUCCUGUGCCUGCCCGGGUGCGGAUGCGGACUGUGCCGGCUACAGCCCUACUCUGGCCCCUAACCCUCCUCCCGGGCCGGGUCUGAGUGCCGGGGCAGUCGUUCUGAUUAUAGCUGUGUCUGCAUUUGCCGGGUAUUUUCUGGUGGGCGCCAUAUUUAACAAGGUCAUCAGGGGAAAACAAGGGUCAGAGGUCAUCCCAAAUGUGCAGUUUUGGAAGAAUCUGCCAGAUCACAUCAAAGCGUGUUCGGCGGACUGCAACUUGGUCAACUCAUGUUCGUGUACCAUGGCGGACGGAUCUGGUGUUAUAGAUCUUUCCCCUCUGGCAUCUACAGACGGCACUGCAAGGUAUAAAGGUUAUAAGGCCACCCAGCCUCCUGACUCGUACCUGUAUGACUGGAACCCCUGUCAACCCUUCAAUGACGGAGACUGCCAGUCAGUGGCGGGUUGUCAAACCAACCCGGAUACCGGAGACAACUACAACUUAGGGACGCAGGACAGCGCUUCCUUCGGAUCGGCCGAAGACGGGACGGUUUUGUUAAUGUACACAAGCGGAGUAAGAUACAAAGACCUGAAGGCAACACAGUUUCUGGACGACUUCGUGUAUUCGUGGAACCCGUGCAGUCCGUUUAGCGAAGGAGGUUCUUGCAUGGACGUUGCGGCAUGUCAGUUAAGUCCAGACGGUCAGACGACUUACAGCCUGGGCUCGCAGGACUCUGCCGCGUUUACCGGGGAUAACACUACGGUCAAGCUGGGUUAUACAGGCCCGGCACCUGAUAACAGACAAUCUGAGAUCGCCCUAACGUGCACGUCAGGAGCAACAGAAUUCAUCGUGCUUGGGGAGGAUAGUAGUGUCAGUAUCUACAAAUUUGAGCUGAAAAGCCCGUGCGCAUGUCCUGGAGCGUCAAGUGGCUGUGGUGGUGGUGGAAUCAGCGGCGGGACAAUUUUCGUCAUCAUAGUGUUAGUGGUGCUGGUAGUGUACCUGGUGGGAGGGGUGCUCUUCAUGUCUCUGGUGAAGAAGGCGUCAGGAGCCGAGCGGAUUCCCAACGUCGAGUUCUGGAAGGAUCUACCUGUGCUCGUCAAGGAUGGCGCGGUGCUUGUCAUCAGCCCAUGUCGGAAGCAAAGCAAAUAUGACAGCAUUUGAUUUCAUCAAAAUUCUACAUAGAGACGGACUUUUCUCUUUGCCUAGCUUAAAAGCUACAUUUAGUAUUAAAUUUACAUACGCAAAGACCAUUACCUUUGUAGACGUUAUAUUACAGCUAUUAGAUAUUGUCAUUACACGGUUAAAGCUGCAUUAUGUAACAUUAUAAUAUACAUUAUAAUAUACGAUACAAAAAGUCAAUUUACAAAGUAAUUUGAAUAAACUCUACUCCAUUGCCAUUUAGGAAGUCGAGAUGCCAAAAUAUGACGCCUUACGAGUGUGCUAAAAGCUGGAAACACGGCUGCUUGUUUACAUUCUGGUAUUUUGUGGUGGUACCACAAACUGAUCGCACCUUGCGUGGUCGGUUUUUAGCGCCAACCAUAAAUGUCAGAAAUGUGAGAUAAUUAUAAUAGCACAAAUACUAGUACAUGUAUGUUAAAAAGUGUGAGAAAAACACAAUUACAAGAAGAUUUUUCAAUUGAAAUAUUUCAAUUUUUAUGCAAAAAUGAAAAAUGAUACCCCCCUUAAAGCUUGUUGCAUGUAAUACAUGCUUUAGGACGUGAUUGCUAAACAAUGGUGAUUCCUAAGCAUCAAAAACUAUGAUUUUGAUUAUUCCGAUCAUAAAAGUAAAUUAAGAUAUAUAUCUUUCAAAACUAGUAAGAAAUAUCAUCAGAAUCAGAUGAACAGUGAAUAGUGAUGUACCUUCUAACAAAAACAAGUUAUUAGAAAAACAAUUAUUUCAUAUGCUUUGCUGCUACCUUUAUCGAAAUAAAUGUAUACUUAAGUCAUAAACUGAAUUCAUGAAUGUGUCAACCAAAAAUCAACAAUAAAGGUUAUCAA